AAGAUAGGAUGUUUAGAUAGUGCCGUCUGUGACUGGCAACUGAAAUUACCAUGAGUGGAAGGUUGUGGUGCAAAGCUGUAUUUUCUGGAUACAAGCGUGGUCUCCGAAACCAGAGGGAGCAUACUGCACUCUUAAAAAUUGAAGGUGUUUAUACACGUGCCGAAACAGAUUUCUACUUGGGCAAGAAAUGUGCAUAUGUCUAUAAAGCUAAGAACAAUACUGUGACUCCAGGAGGCAAACCAAACAAAACGAGAGUUAUCUGGGGCAAGGUAACUCGUCCCCAUGGUAACAGUGGUAUGGUCCGUGCCAAGUUCCGCAGCAACCUCCCCGCAAAAGCUAUGGGACACAGGAUUCGUGUGAUGCUGUAUCCAUCCAGAAUUUAAAAUGCAGUUGUAAAUAAAGUACUUCAAAACAUGGAA